ACAGAAAAAACAGAAGCAACCGAAACCGUCGCCAGCGAGCGAGUGAGAGAGAGACACCAGGUUUCUUUUAUCCGAUAAUUGCUGAGUGAGAGAGCCCGUUUCAGUGCUUCACAAUUUAAAUUAAAUUAAUAUAUAAAUAUUAUUUGAAAACUUCCUCUAAACGUAAAUAAGAGUCUCUCCCUCUCUCUAUCUCUCUCUCUCUCUGGAACGAAUUUUGAUCUCUUUCUCCGUGGAGAUGGAGCUCGCUCCCGGCAUGGUCAUGAUGUUUCUUCUUCCACUCCUCACCUAAGGUCCUCUCCUUUUCCGGAUGCUUGAUUUCUGCGCAUGGAAACUCGUGUAUUUUUGUGCAUGUUUGGAAGACUAUUUCAUCUGGAUUUCUGCGCACGGAAACUCAUGUAUUUGUGUACACGGCCUUGGUCUUCAGAUGCUUGAUGAGACUUUUUCAUCUGGAUUCGGACACUGAGAAUUCAAUCCUUGGGUCCUUUCUGGCAUUGUGCUAACGUUUAGCAAUGGAUGACAAUGGUAGCAGCAAAUUGCUUGGAAUCAGGCAGAUUGUUAGGUUAAAGGAAAUCCUCCAGAAGUGGCAAUCUGUAACACUUGGCUCAAGGCCGAGCAGUCCCCCAGCAGAUGCACCUGAUCAAAAUGAUAUAGGUGGUAUUUCGCCGGCAAUUAAUAAAAGGCUAGCAAAUGUCAUGUCUUGUGAUUCAGACGAGGAUAGUUGCCACGGCCCUGAUCCGCCAACUGAUGUCCCCAAAGGCUAUUUGGCAGUUUAUGUUGGGCCAGAGCUUCGGAGAUUCAUCAUUCCGACUAGCUAUCUUAGCCACUCCUUGUUCAAAGUGUUGCUGGAAAAAGUUGAGGAGGAGUUUGGCUUCGAUCAUAGUGGCGGGCUCACAAUCCCAUGCGAGAUUGAGACGUUCAAAUUCCUUCUAAAGUGCAUGGAGAACCAUAAUAAGGCUCACCCUGACGACAGCUCUGAUCAAAUUGUGCAUGAUUUCACCAUUGCUGAUUGGUUCACUAACCUUUUGAUUUUGGUGAUUUUGAAGCUGGAGAUUCAUUACCUGUCGAAGAGUAAGGAAUCAUGGUGAUCUUUCUAAUACACCAGUUUUAGGACUGAUUUUCUGGUGCUAACGAAGGUCUCUUUUUUCUUUUCUUUUAUUUUUGUGUAAGUGACCAAGAUAGGAAGAUUCAGUUAGAAAGCUUUCAGAUGGGUUGUGUCAGGAUUUGUUGCUAGAGAGGGGAUGUGUGAUCUUUAUAUUCUGUAUGAUGGGAUGUGACCUAAACCUGAUGUUUGAUGGAAUAUGAAACAUAUUAAUUAAUCAGCGGGUAUUUCCAUA